UAGUCUGAACCGUUACCACCUCAGUCAGUAUCUCACUAGCUAUCACUUCAGUCCUCUUUCUCUCUCCCCUCCAUUUUCACACUACUCUACACAGACAGACUACUCUUCCCCACACUUCCCCCCCUCUCUCUAGCUCUUCACUUUCUCUCUCCUCUUCAACUCUCCUAGGGUUUUGCAUCUUCCUUUAAAUUUUGAUAAUGUGAGUUAGGGUUAGGGUUUAUUUCCCCUACAUUUCCGAAAUUCCUUCAAAUCUGGCCCCAAAUCCAUGGGGAAUUGCUGCAGAUCUCCGGCGGCAGUUGCAAGGGAGGAUGUAAAAUCGAAGCAAUCAGACAACAAGAGGAAAGAGAAAAACCACCAUACUUCCACUAAGAAGUCGUCUUCUUCGUCGUCAGUUACCGUCUUGCCGGACGUCCCCAAAGAGUCGAUCGACGAUAGGUAUUUGGUUGAUAGAGAGCUAGGGCGAGGUGAAUUCGGGGUUACUUACUUGUGUAUCGACCGAGGUUCCAGGGAAUUGCUCGCUUGUAAGUCGAUUUCGAAGCGGAAGCUGCGUACUGCGGUGGACAUUGAUGAUGUGAGGAGGGAGGUUGCGAUAAUGAAGCACUUGCCGAAGAGUUCGAGUAUUGUGACCUUGAGGGAGGCUUGUGAGGAUGAUAAUGCGGUGCAUUUGGUGAUGGAGCUGUGUGAAGGUGGCGAGCUUUUCGACCGGAUCGUUGCCAGGGGGCAUUACACGGAACGAGCUGCGGCAGCUGUGACUAGAACUAUUGUUGAGGUGGUGCAGCUUUGUCAUAAGCAUGGUGUCAUUCAUAGAGAUUUGAAGCCUGAGAAUUUUUUGUUUGCUAAUAAGAAAGAGAAUUCGCCGUUGAAGGCUAUUGAUUUUGGUCUCUCCAUUUUCUUCCAGCCAGGAGAACGAUUCUCUGAAAUUGUUGGAAGUCCCUAUUAUAUGGCCCCAGAGGUGCUCAAGCGAAAUUAUGGUCCUGAAAUUGAUAUAUGGAGUGCGGGGGUUAUUCUGUAUAUAUUAUUGUGUGGAGUUCCUCCUUUUUGGGCAGAGUCUGAGCAAGGUGUGGCACAGGCCAUUCUACGUGGUGCAAUAGAUUUCAAACGGGAUCCAUGGCCUAACAUUUCGGAGUGUGCUAAGAGUUUGGUUAGACAGAUGCUUGAACCUGACCCAAAGAAAAGACUAACAGCAAAACAAGUACUUGAGCAUUCAUGGGUACUAAAUGCCAAAAAGGCUCCAAAUGUUCCCCUUGGAGAUGUUGUAAAAUCAAGGCUCAAGCAGUUUUCCAUGAUGAACAGAUUCAAGAGGAAAGCUUUGAGGGUUAUUGCCGAGUUCUUGUCUGCUGAAGAAGUUGAGGAUAUCAAGGAAAUGUUUAAAAAGAUAGACACAGAUGACGACGGAAUUGUUUCAGUUGAAGAACUGAAAGCUGGGCUUCUUAAACAUGGCUCCCAGCUUGGAGAGUCUGAAGUACAGCUGCUUAUAGAAGCUGUUGACACUUUCGGAAAAGGAACACUGGACUACGGAGAAUUCCUUGCUGUUUCCCUCCAUUUACAGAGAAUGGCCAAUGAUGAGCACCUUCGAAAAGCAUUCUCCUACUUUGACAAGGAUGGAAAUGGUUAUAUUGAACCAGAAGAGCUUCAAAAUGCCUUGAUGGAAGAUGGAGUCGAGGAUUGCACUAAUGUUGCCAAUGACAUCUUCCAGGAGGUUGACACAGACAAGGACGGAAAAAUAAGCUUUGAUGAGUUUGCUGCAAUGAUGAAAACUGGUACUGAUUGGAGAAAGGCCUCUCGGCAUUAUUCAAGAGGUAGAUUUAACAACCUAAGCAUGAAGCUUUUGAAGGAUGGUUCAUUGAAAUUGGGGGCGGAGUGAUAACAGUUUUAGGUUUGUGUUUGACCCCUCCUACACGCCUAUUACUUGGUAAUUUUGCAUAUAUUUGGACUUGUUUUCUUUAAUCAUGUCAUUGAUUUUUGGGGGGCUGCUAGUGCUGAUUGGAUUGAGUAGUGUUUUUCUAGCUUGCAAGGGUCAAAUCAGAGGUAUGUUUGUAAAAUCUCUUGUCAAAUAUUAAUGAAAAGACUGCCUAUUUGGCCUUAGGUUGGUGAAUGUAUGAUUGUUCCUCUUAUUGCUGCUA